GCCUCAAAAAGCGCGAUCCACGGUGCGAAAGCCUCCUUUUCUCCGUUUUCCUCCAGGAUGGCAUUCUUCAAAUAUCUCCGCUCUGUUAAGAAUGAGCUUAUCCUCUUCUCAGCUCCGCUUCUUCUUCUUCCACUGCCUCUGGUGAUCGGGACCUCGGAGGCAGAAUGCGCCUAUGUGAUCAUCCUGAUGGCGGUUUACUGGUGCACCGAGGUCCUGCCGCUGGCCGUGACGGCUCUCCUCCCGGCCCUCCUUUUCCCCUUGUUUGGCAUCAUGCAGUCCAAAGACGUGUGCAUGCAGUACCUGAAGGACACCAACCUGUUGUUUGUGGGGGGACUGAUGGUGGCAGUCGCCGUGGAGCACUGGAACCUGCACAAGCGCAUCGCCUUGAGGGUGCUGCUCUUAGUCGGCGUGCGUCCAGCGCUUUUGAUGUUGGGUUUCAUGGGUGUGACAGCCUUCCUGUCCAUGUGGAUCAGUAACACGGCAACCACGGCCAUGAUGGUGCCCAUUGUCCAAGCAGUGCUGGAGCAGCUCAACAACACUGAGGGGGAGAUACCGCAGAUCCUCAGCUCGGACGAGGAGGUCCAGACGUCAGACGCUGACAGCAAACAGCCUCCACAGACAGAGAAACAGAGUGACGGACAAGGCUCGACGGUGGUGACUUUCUUAGAUGCCACAGUGGAGGCUACAAGGCUUAAUGAGGCAGCAGAGAGGCGGAAAAUGUGUAAAGGAAUGACCCUGUGUGUUUGUUACGCUGCCAGCAUUGGAGGAACUGCCACACUGACAGGAACCGGCCCCAAUCUGGUGCUCAUGGGCCAGAUGAACCAACUCUUCCCUCAAAACGGAGAUGUGAUUAACUUUGCCUCCUGGUUUGGCUUUGCUUUCCCCAACAUGAUCCUCAUGCUCACGCUGGCCUGGCUUUGGCUGCAGUUUGUCUUCAUGGGAUUCAACUUCAAGAAGACCUGGGGCUGUGGGGCCGUGAAGACAGAGAAGGACAUCGCCGCCUAUAACGUGAUCCGUGAGCAGCAUCGUUUGCUGGGGCCCAUGUCGUUUGGAGAGAUAAAUGUCCUAGCUCUCUUCAUUCUGCUGGUGGUGUUGUGGUUCUCAAGGGACCCCGGGUUCGUCCACGGCUGGGCCACAGAGAUCUUCAACUCCCAAGCAGAGUACGUGACAGACGCCACAGUGGCAAUCUUCAUUGCCGUCCUUCUCUUUGUUCUGCCCUCUAAACCCCCACGUUUCUGUCUGAGGAGGACUCAGAGUUUUGACACAGCACCCCAUCAAGCUGCUGGCCCAACUCCACCUCUGCUCACCUGGAAAGUUGCCCAAAAGAAGUUACCUUGGGGCAUUGUGCUUCUUCUUGGAGGAGGUUUUGCUUUGGCCAAAGGCAGUGAGGAAUCAGGACUCUCAAAGUGGAUGGGAGAUCAAAUGACUCCACUGCAAAACAUCCCUCCCUGGGCAAUUGCUAUCAUCUUAUGCCUGCUGAUUGCUACCUUCACCGAGUGCACCAGUAAUGUGGCCACUGCGACGCUCUUCCUACCUGUCUUAGCUUCAAUGUCUCAGUCCAUUGGGAUCAAUCCACUGUACGUCAUGGUGCCUUGUACACUGAGUGCCUCUUUUGCCUUCAUGCUGCCUGUUGCAACGCCUCCAAACGCUAUAGUCUUCUCAUACGGGUACCUCAAAGUUGCUGACAUGGCCAGGACAGGAAUAGUCAUGAACAUCAUUGGCAUCCUUUGUAUAACACUGGCCAUCAACAGCUGGGGCAAGGCCAUGUUUGACCUGAGCACCUUCCCAAGCUGGGCUAACGCCACCGGGGUGUGAGCAUGGUUCUGCCACAGAAGAUGAUCCAUGCACACCCUGCCCUCCUUAUCCACAGGUGCCAGACAAAGACCUCUGGUCAGAGCAUAAGCACAGGACCAUGCGCUGGACCGCAUGCAUCCGACUGCUGCUAAGAACACAAGCCCCUCAAGGCUUGUUUUCAUUGACACCCGAGUCUUGCUUGGAAAAGAAAGUGGUGAUCUACAUGAUUGGGAGAGGAGAAGUUGAAAAAUCAAAAUCUUUCUGUUUUAUUAGCAUUGUAUAGUAAUGACGUUACACUUCAAAUUAUUUAUAUCUUCAAAUAGAGAGACUUUAUAAUACUCCCAAGCAGCCAAUUCUAGGAAAAACAUUCAAGUCCACUCUUUUUGAACAAAGUAAAUCACAGGAAGCGCUAUUCAAGCGUGCUGAGUUAUUAGAAUUUUUUUACGAAGUUAUAUGUAGCCAUAUCUUAUUAGCAAUGAGAUGUAAGGUAUAACAAACAUAAUGUGAUGCACUUCAGUACAUUUUUAAGGUACUUUACUUCUUCCACCUCUGCUUUUAAUCCACUACAUUUCAGGAGGGAAAUAUUGUCCUCUUUGCUCGACUACAUUUAUUUAAUAGCUGUAGUUUCUAGUUACUUUUCAUAUUAAGAUAAUAAGUAUGUAUGGUUAUAGAUUAAAUGAUCCAACCGCAUACAAAUUAGCCCCAUUCCAACCACUUAAUUUCACGUCUGUAAAAUAGUAAUCCAAUAACAUUUCCUGUAACACAAAAGCAUCUCAGCUUCCUGAAGAGUACAUUUACUAUGUAUACAUUCUUGUGUCAAAAGCUGUACUCAGAAGUUUGGUUUUAAAACACUUUAAAAAAGAACUAAUAUGAUCCCCCUUAUGUCAAAGACUUAAAAGUUAGCAUUCUAACCAGCUAACCUCAGCUCUGUUUUAUCACAUAAUGUCACUUUGCACCAGAAAGAUGCUAUAGUUUGAUAACCCCAAACAUAUAGGAACAAAUGAAACCUUCAAAUGCCAAGAAAUGAAAUAUUCUGUUCCUUACUUAACCGUAAAAGAAAAAAAAAAUAACCAUUCAUCUUCUGAAUUCAAGUUUUUCUCAUUAAUGGAACUAAGAUGAUCUUAAUUGCCUUAUAAACUCACUGUUAAACACACGUCAUUCAAACUUGACAUGAACAAAAUAAAACUCACUGACAGUCUUGGUUUGUCUUUCCACAAUCGCAGAGCUGAUGUAAAUCGCUUCUGUACUGUAGCCCCUGUCCUCAAACUGACCUGUUGACGAUCUUGAAAGGCUGUGUUCAGUCCCAGUUCAUUGUCCAGCACUGUUCAAUCUCAGGCUGCUUAACCUUGUUGAGCUGAGCCCCAUCGCCAGUUAGGACUUCCCCUGAAAUCUGAGAUCCUGGUCUAGGCAAACUCUAGGUCAACUGGCUCCACAGACAACUGAACCAUGAGCUAAUUAGUUAACGGCAGUUAGCUACCUACAAAGAUAGCUAGCAAAGAGCAGCAGUUGUUGUUGGUUGCACCACAUUUUUGGAGCCACCUCCAGAUUCUUGCCAUAUUUUACAAAUAACACCUUUAAGUAAAUUUAAUGCAAAUCUUUUGAUCAACUGUUUUUUUUUUACAUUGUGUUGUUGCUACUUCUGUUAAAAAAAAAAAAAAAAAAAAAAAAAAAAAAAAUCUAAAUUCUUCUUCCACCACUGCUAUCCAGGGCUGGACACCUUUUUUGUAUGCACGUGACAAAGGCUGUUUUGCAGGUUUGCCCUUUUGGUAUUAAUAGAUAGGACUAACAAGUGCAGUACAGCUGACCCUUGACAACAAGUAAAGAAAUACUUCCACUCCCUUGAGCGACCCCUGUAUUGACAUAUAUAUUGAUGUAUCAGGAGUUGUUCCAGUACCAGUUGACCUUUGAAAUGUAUUGUCACUUCAAAACAACAAACCUAUGUGCCUUGACUUAUUGUACUGUAAACACAUUUUGAUCAAUACAUUUUAUGCUGACUUACGAAAUGUCUCACUCCAAUAAUGAAUUCUGUCUGAAUUGUAAUAAAGUGAUAUUUAAGAACC